ACAGUCAAACGUAUAAUCUUCGUCACGAAGAUAACGUAUCAACGCCACCGAUAUAUGUAAUUGUUGUCCAGACUAUGCAGAAAAGUAGAAUCCAUUUUUCCUAGGGGAUCUUCAAGAAAUCAAUUCCUUCUGGUCGGUUGAUUGGUAGUACCAAAACCCUAAGUUUAUCAAAAAAAAAUUAUCAAAUGGGUUUACAGCAAUCCAAAGACGAGCUUUUGUAUCAACAAGUCAGUUAUGGCACAACUGAAGGCAUCAAAUCGCUUCGCAGCGAAGGUGCUGGUCUUGAGUGGAUGGACAAGGAAGGAAAGACUCCUCUGAUACUGGCUUCCAUGAAUCCACAGCUAUAUGAUGUUGCAAAAACGUUGAUUGAAUUGGGUGCCAAUGUGAAUGCGUACCGUCCAGGUCGUCAUGCCGGAACUCCUCUGCAUCAUGCUGCAAAAAGAGGCCUAGAACAGAUGGUUAAGCUACUGCUUUCUAAUGGUGCUAAUGCCUUGGUGUUGAAUGAUGACUGUCAAACUGCACUUGAUGUUGCAAGAGUCAAAGGAUAUAGCAAUGUUGUUCGUGCAAUUGAGAACCACAUCUGCUUAUUCUCUGGUUGGCUGCAAGAGCUUUAUGGGCCAGGGUUUCUUGAACUACUUGCUCCUCAACUACUUUCUAGAAAAGUGUGGGUAGUUAUACUACCAUGCGGAGCUCGUAAACUUACGACACCUUUCAAGUUGGAGCUGGCUAUAUAUUCCGGUUUACAGGAUGCCAAACCUCGCACAAUUAUUGCACUGUGGAAGGCUAACAUGGAUGAACCUAACUUUAACCAGUCUGAUCCUGCAGUCAUCAUUUCUAGUUCCAACAUCCCAAGAAGAUGGAGACGCAAGCGAUGUAUUUUGUCCUCUCAAGUUAGGCAGUCACGCGUCAAACUUGCACCGGUUAAUGAAAAUGAAAAGCAGCAAUUGCAGCGGUUUUGCAAUGCAUGCAAAGGAAUUCCUCAGGUUAUCCAUGCUUCAUUUCCAUUCAACAAUCAAGGCGCUGAUGUUGAAGGACCGGCCCAAACAACACCCGAGGACGCAGACCUAGCCCUGGCUAUUAGCGCAUCCCUCCAAUCUGCUUCAGGUGUGAGACCUGUGCCUCCUAAUACUUACCCCGGUUCUGGUUCAAGCACAUCUGCUGGUUGGACCAACUCCACCAGCCAAAACAGCGAAACUGCAACUCAUAAUGGAAAGAGCAAAUGGGAAAUUCAUGAUGUAGGAACUAGUAGCACCACUACUCAUUAUCAUCCCCACACAGACACCAACACCUAUUCUCAAAUUGUCCCAACCGCACCCAUCACACCACCCUCGGUCCCAUCAGCACCUCCGGUUUCAGACAUGGUGGAUGAUGGUCCGAUUCACUACCCAACCAUUGAUUCCACUCCUAUGGAUCUAUCUUCAUCUGUAGAAGAGUCUAGACCUGCUGCUAAGGCAGGUGAGAAGGAGAAAGAUAACAAUGAUUCUUCGUCUUGUGUUAUAUGCCUGGAUGCACCAGUUGAGGGAGCUUGCAUCCCGUGUGGUCACAUGGCUGGAUGCAUGUCCUGUUUGAACGAAGUCAAAGGCAAGAAUUGGGGUUGCCCUGUCUGUCGCACCAAGAUCGAUCAGGUUGUACGGCUUUAUGCUGUCUAAGGUUGAUGCUGCAUCUGAUUUACUCAAUGUGUGUAUAUAUUUUAAGAAUGGGUGAAAAUAAUCUUUGCCUGUUAUGGGAGGAGUAGAAAAUAUUGGAGGUGAUCAUCAAGAUUUCUACAACUUCAAAAGGUGUGGCAUUUUGUUAAUGACGUAAGCUCCCUAUUGCCUUCAUUUUGAGAUUAUUAACACUCCAAAUAUUAUGAAGUAUGUGCUGAAUUGUCUGGAGCACAUCUUCUACUCCUUCCUGUCUAAAAUGAGUGAAACAAGUAAUAUUGUAAAUCUAGCCUGUGGAUAUGAGUUGAAUAAUUAAAAUUGUGGUAUGGUAUUAUGUCAAGUAUUUUAAGCACAUGCUUAGUAUGUUGACAUGCUUUGAACAUUUUACAAUAUUUGGGAUACGAAAGAGUUGAACUA